AUGGGGUUUAACCAUUUUGAAGGAGAAAUUCCUCUCCCACCACUCUCCAUCAACACCUUCUAUGCACGGAACAAUACUUUCACAGGAGACAUACCUCUUUCAUUCUGCAACCGUACCUCUCUUACUGUUCUUGAUUUAUCCUACAACAACUUCACUGGACCGAUUCCUCAAUGUCUGAAUGACUUCAUGAUUGUGAAACUCCGGAAGAACAACUUGGAAGGAAGUCUUCCAGACAGGUUCAACGUAGUGUGGACCACAACGUUGAACUGGAGGGGUGUGGCAAUAGGGUUUGGGCCUGGAGUGUUGCUUGGAUUGGCAAUAGCACAAGUCAUUGCUUCAUACAAGCCAGAGUGGCUCAUCAAGAUAAUGUACCAGUGA